CAGACAUGGGUGGUAAUGGGUGUGCUGCUGAACAUGCUCGGCCAGGGUCUGCUGCUGGGGUAUACGUCGGUGCUGCUGCCCGCCCUCCAGGCGCCAGACUCCGAUAUACCGGUUGAUAUCAACUCCUCGUCGUGUAUAGCGUCAAUCAUCGGUACCGCUGGUAUUCCGGGCUUCCUGGCGUCUUCUCUGCUCAUGGGGCUGUGUGGUCGGCGCCUGACGCAUGCUCUCGUGGUCAUCCCCGGCAUCACUGGCUGGCUCUGCAUCUACUUCGCCACCAACGUCCCAGCCCUGAUCAUCGGGAGAGCAUUGGGAGGCUUCGCCGCAGCAGCGACCGUCAGCCUCGGAGCCGUCGUCAUCGGGGAGUACACCAGCCCAAGAAAUCGGGGAAUGUUUCUAAACUUCAAAACUGCUGCCGUCUGCUCCGGAAAUCUGUUGGUGCAUGUCUUAGGACACUUCUAUCAUUGGAGAAUCGUGGCCUUGAUCUCUCUUAUACCGCUCCUAGUGUCUUUCGUGAUCAUCUGCACCUGGCCAGAGAGCCCAGCGUGGUUGGUAUCGAGGAACAAAUACAAGGAGAGCGAGAAAUCUUUUUUCUGGCUAAGAGGACGAAGCGAGGAGUCCAUAAACGAAAUGGAGGAACUGCUCAAAGCACAGAAAGAAAGAGUGGCGUGCAAUACUCUGAGACUGAAUUACGUUAAAAACUUUGUGGAAUUCUUUAAGAAGUUUACAAAGAAGGACUUUUUGAAACCGACCAUUAUUGUUAUAUUUGGAAGCAUAGUUCUGGAGUCGUGCGGUCGGCAUAUCUUUCCAGCGUUCGCCUCACAGAUCAUAGAAGAAAUUACCGGUCACAAGGAUCAAUCUUUUUACUACACGCUUGGAAUCGAUAUCAUCAUAACGGCGAGCGCUGUUUUCUCCUCUGUUUUGGUCAAGCUGUUCAAAAGACGCACGCUGCUGUUUGGAAGUGGUUUGUCCUGUCUACUAGUUCUUUACUCUAUCUGUAUCUAUCUCUACUUAGUCAGCAUAAAAGUGAUCUCGAAUAGCAUACCAUUGAUACCAAUUUUGAUGUUCGUCGUGUACUUUUUGCUAUCGAAUUUGGGCUGUACUCCUAUACCACUGGCGUUUCUGGGUGAGAUAUUUCCUCUACCUCAUAGAGGCGCAGGAUCUUGUGUUGCCGGCUUCGCGUUGUCGACCUGUUUGGCUUUAGGUAUGCAAGUCACGCCUUUUUUGCUAGCAAAUCUUAAAGUGUACGGGACUUUCGCCCUCUUGGGGACUAUUUUGGGAUUCAGCCUUUUAAUUUUAUGGCUCGUCCUGCCGGAGACGAAGGACAAAACCCUUCAGGAGAUAGAGUACUAUUUGAACUAUGGUGUGUACAAGAAAACUGACGAUGAAGCGAAUUUGAAGAUGAUGGUUAAGGAAGUAUGA